AUGCCGGAAGUUGUGCGAGGCAGUCGCGCCAGUAUCCAAGUGGACCGGACGCCACUUGCCUCUCCGGAUGGACUGGGUCCUUCAUCUCCCGCGCGAGAGCCUCGAAAUGUCCACUUCGGGCCGGAGAGCCCUGGGCUCGACAGGGAAGAAACGCCCACGCCCGGUCUAAGAGGAGUGGACACGGGACUUAGUACCAUGUCAGGCACCGAACGCAGAAAGAGUAGAGAAGAGGCGAGAAAACAGCGGAAAACUGAGCCUGAAAGAGACGCAUAUUAUGACAGUCGUGCCGCCACGAAACGAGAAUUCCGACGGAGAGCGAGCACGCUGCAAGAAUAUUAUGCGCAAAAUCCGACCCUAUUGCCGCAAUUACCCUUCACUUGGAGACACGGCUGGAAAAGAUGGAAGUUGUUCUUCACGAUAUUCCUGAUCAUUGUCGACGCGUGUGUCAUUCCGAUCGUUCUCUUCUAUACCAUGAAAUUCAUCGGCCACAUCGAAGGAUGGAUCAUCUUCGCAGUUGUCGCUACCAUCUGGGGUGGUCCUACCUACGUGGAGUUCGCAGUACGAAGCUUGCGACUCUGGAAGAAAGAGAACUUCUUCCGACCUCUCGGCUCCAGCAACAAAUGGGCUUUCGACAUUACGCACUGGAUUUCGGUGUUGACCAUCACGGCAGUCACGGCACUCUUGAUUGUUGGCAGCGCGCCACACAUUGUGUGGCUCCGUGUGCUCUCCAUGCCGGCCCCUGCGAUAUUGUACUGCAUCGGAGGCAGCGUCUUCGCGCUUACCAUGUGGAGUCUUUCCGGUAAAAGAGCGCCGUUCCGGAUCAGUUCGACCGAGAAAGGCGGCGAGGUGUAUCCCGGAGUGUACUACCUCAUCGAGGAUGUCGUUGCUGUUAAUGCCAACGCCGGCAGGCCUUUCCGCGAAGCUCUGGCGGCUCGAUACAAGGCGAGCCCGCGCUUCCGGAGGAUGAUCAAGGUCCAGUCUCUGUUCUGGUCUAUCCCGUCCUUGAUAGUCGCCAUUGCAUGUACUGUGGUUGUUGUUAUCCACCCUGUUUCAAAAGACGUGGCAUAUGGUGUUGGUUGGGGCGUCCCUUUUGUUUUUAUCGGGAUCUGGGUCGUCAUUACCAUUCCCUGGGUCCGGCAUGACAUGCACAAGGAGACCGUGACAUGGGAGGAAGACUGUGGCAUCGCGCCCGGCACGCGCCAGAAGGAGAAGCAACUUCAACUCGAACCCACAGAUUCCGAACGCGAAACACCAAAGGAGCCAGUGCCUCAACCCGAACCAUGA